UCACUAUAUCAUUGUCACUGCUGUUGUUUGUCGCUAAACACAAUCUAAUAUUCUUUUUAUUAUUGUAAUACUUUAUAGUCAGUUACAGAUUGGUAAAAAAAAAAAAAAAAAAAACUUUCAAGCCAAAAUGGGUAUAAUGGAAAUUAUAAAUUAUUACUAUUACGAUUUGGCUGAUGAACGAUUAAGAGAUUGGUUUUUUAUGAAUAGCAUUUGGUAUCCAUUUACAAUUAUAUUAACCUAUUUAAUAACGGUAUUUAUAUUGGCACCAUAUUAUAUGAAAAAUCGACCAGCCUACAAAUUAAAUACAUACAUUAAAUGUUACAAUUUAUUUCAAAUUAUUUCAAAUGCCUACAUAGCAAUAAAUGUUUCAUUUUGCUAUUCAUUUCGACGUGUUUUUGAUUGUAUUCCAAUUGUUUACAAUAUAGAUUCUUGCAGUAUGACAAUAGUAAAAUGUGGUUAUAUUGGAAUGUGGUUAAAAAUGAUUGAUCUCAGUGAAACAGUAAUUUAUAUAAUUCGAAAGAAAAAUAAUCAGAUUUCAUUUUUACACUUAUACCAUCAUUUAAGUACCUAUUUAUUUGCAGCAAUUUUUCCAAGAUAUUUAAGUGUAGAAAUUUUUGUAUUGUUACCACUUAUAAAUUGUUAUGUUCAUGUGAUAAUGUAUUUUUACUAUUUUCUGAGUAAUUUUGAAGGACCAAUUAAACAAAUGAUCAUUCCAUUCAAACGCUAUUUGACCCUUAUACAAAUGAGUCAACUUAUCAUUGUACUUAUACAAAUCUCAGUUGGUAUCUUUAUAAAAAGAUGCGAGUUGCCAAACAAAAUGGUUGCUGUAAUGUUCUUCAAUAUUAUCUUUAAUUUAUGUUUGUUCUAUCGCUUUUACAAAAAAACUUACAUUGACGUAAAAAAGAAAAAUUAAGAUGUUCUUUUUUUUAUAUUAAUUAAAUUAAAUGAUAAUAAUCAAAAUAAUAAUAAUAUUAAAAGUAUAGAUUAUAUUUAUUAUAGUUUCAAUUUGAUAAAAAAUUAAUUGUAAAUUAAUUAAAAUAAUAAUUAUUACAAUAAUUUA